AUGGAGAAUAUGUGCGAUCCUGUUGUCUACCUCGUUCCAGCUUCACAAGCCGCAGAAACCGCCUUCAAGCAUCGAGCGAAUCGAGUACUGCGACAGCUUGCGAGGAAGUUCGACGACUUGAGUCACCUUGGACUCUCGCACCGCCAGAGCGUUGCUAGGCUCGACCGAGCAUUCUUCUCAGGACGGCGAAACAUCGCAUUUGGGUCCUGCCGUGCUGUGGAGUUCCGCCUGUGUCAUGCAGCCGUCGACAGUUAUCAUCUCCUGCUGAGGGUUGAUCCGGAGUCAAGCCAGCUGAUACUCCUGGACGUGUCCGGAUCCGGAACCUGGAUACGGAGAAGCAAACAUCAUGACUGGACGAAGAUCCACCAAUGCUCGUGCACUGAGCCGAAUCAAAACAGACUCCUGGAUUUCAGACCCACGAACAGCCCCCAGGCCGGAGGUGCCACAAGCAAGAAGCUCAAACCCCAACCCCAAAGCAGCAGAUAUGGCCACUUCGACCUGUGGUUUCGGCGAUACUAUUCCAAGGAGACUUAG